CACAUUUCGAUGAUUUGUGAACGUGACAGUUCCAACGGCCGCUAACGUUUGCCUCCAUUUUUCUUCAGCGAUACUACUUAAUCUGGGAAAUUCACUGGAAAUCUUUUUCAUUUGCGCAUGACCUGAAAUUUUCUGCAAUCGAUUUUUCUCUGAUAUUGAAUGUUUCGCUCGUGGAAUAUUAUUGAUUGAGUGAAUGAUAAUAAAAAAGCUGGCGUCCCUAAGUAAUCUCUAAAAAUAGAAAUCACCAGAGGAUAAGCAGUCAGUCGAGCAAUGGACAUCACUCCGGAAGAUUCAAUAAGUCUUUUGGAUUACGAUUACACUAAAUUUGAUUUGGAAGUUCUCGACGUUGAAGAAUCGAAUUCAUCGAAUUACGUUAAAGUGGAUGAUCUCAGCGAGGACGAGGACGCCGAAGACAACAUCAAUAUCAUAAUCAAUACCCUCCCCCGGGACGAAAAGAUAAAUCUCAAAAAAAUCCUGGAAAGCAAUGUCUUGGAGUCGAUAUCAAUCCCUCCAUCGAACAAUCCUUAUCAACUGCAGGCAGAUGACUUGGAAGUCCGAAACGAGAUAUCGAGACUCGUAAAACUCUCCAUAACACCAAGAGUAAAUAAAUUCAUAGCAAUUCUCGUGGAUAAUCAGCUGAUUCUUGUGCCAAUUGAUGUAACACUAUCGGAUCGUCUUGCGGCUCAUGUGUGGCCACCGGCAAAACCGUACGUCAAAAUUCCAAUGCCAUUUGAGGAUGAGUUCAAUAACUUGCUCAUACCCAAUCACCGACGAACGGAAAAAUUUGCAAUAUUUGGGGUGAAAUACAACAAAACGAAUUUUACGCAGUACGAUAGAUCGAGUUCGUUUCUCGAUUCGACAUCGAAAUACACGCGUUAUCGAAGUGAUGAUCAUUUUGAACGGCAGUACGACUCAUCCUGGAUGUACAUGGGCCAACAAAACGACGCGGACUCCGGACGUAUCAAACAGAGCAGCACCGGUGUUUAUCGUUACUGCGAUUUUUCAGCAAUAAUUAUCGAAAAUAACAGAGUCAUUGACUACGCGAUUCACGGAUUUCACAGCAACAUCGCGGAGAUGAUUGAAAUUCAUAAACCACGGCGAGUCUAUUACAGCGCACAACCCGGUGAUGCCUUCUCCGUUUUUAUGAAUUACGAGUAUCAACCGUUUUAUCAGUGCACUCGAGGUAUUUCAAGGGCUAUCACGAUACAUCGGGGUAGGGGUAAUUUCAAUCCUCUACCUUUUUGUGUACGACAAGACGCCUUUUGCGCUUUUUGCAAUGGAUUGCGCGAUGUACGCGGAUUUAUCAAUAAUCCGGAUGUAUCGCAGAGUCUCAAGAUUCCUCAGCAGUUGCGGAUGUUUGUGAAGAAACGGAGACAUAAUUACUAUGAUAUCGCAUGCAGACAACCGAUCCAUAAUUCACGGCCUAGGCCACUUCAUGCACCUAAAAAAAAUGGACGCAAUGUGACCAUUCGUCGCCUGAUGAAUAACAUUGGAUGA